AUAGAUACCCAUAUAUAUAUAAUGAUUCGUAACUCUAUCCGUUCAUAUUCGGCAAAGGCCAUUCCAUACCUUUCCCUGACGCCAAACAAAUUUAAUUCUGCCAGAUCUACAUGGAAUUUGAAGCCUGCUUUACCACAAGGACUUGUCCACAACCCACCUGCAUCUGUACCCAAUGCUUCAAAGACUCCAAAAGCAUUUUUACCAACCCAAGACCCUCGUUCCACCCGUUUAUCCCACAAAUCAUACACUAGGGAACAGGUGGAUGACAUGCCUGUAGUUUAUGCAUCAUCCGCAAACCCAGAUUACUCAGUUACCCCAGAAAUCGUCUCUGAAAUCCAAUCCUUGAGAGAUUCAAAUCCUCAAGAAUGGACGGUUAAUAAAUUGGCUCGUAAAUUCCAAGUUUCUCCUGCAUUCGUUAAAGUCACCACAUCUAUAAAUCAAGUAAGAAAGGAAACUUUGGCUCAACAAGAAGAAGCACAGAAACAACAAUGGCCCCUUCAAAAGCAAAAGGCUAGAAUUGAUAGAAAGAGAAGAGUUGAACUCUGGUUAAGAAAUGAAUUCUAAAUUCAAUUUCUUUUCAAAAUCAUCCACCAAAACUUUCAUUUGACUGAUUAUCCAUUCCCAUUUAUAUCAUCAGUCCUCUCCGGUCAUCCUGUACAUAGGCCAGCUUGUAUAUUUAACUUUUAUAUUACAUUCUAUUACAUAUAAUGUACA